AUGCUCUCCAAGAAGAUCCCAAUUUGUAGUCGUAAAAAAUUAAGUAAAGCUGAAACAUUACGUGAAGCGUUACUGUACAUCAAAUAUUUACAAGAAGUUUUAGCGGAAACUGAGCGUACACAGUUUUGUCCAUUUGCAACUUUACCGAUUUCAUCGUCGUCGUUGUCGUCGUCGUCGUCGUCAACUGACUAUAAUUUUUCAAGCACAGAAUCUUCAUCAUUUAGUACAGAUUCUCAACUGAACAACUGUAAAACGCCGUAUUAG